AUGCUGUCCUUCUUGCAGUUCCUCCAGCUACUGCUGGCCACCCUCCCAGCAGCAGCCAUCAACCUCACCGGCUAUGAAUACAUCGUCGUAGGCUCCGGCGCCGGCGGAGGCCCCUUGGCUGCCCGCCUAGCCCUAGCAGGCCACUCCACCCUGCUCCUCGAAGCCGGCACCGACCAAGCUCACAACCUCAACACCUCCGUCCCAGCCUACGCAGCCCUCGCCGCCGCAGACGACCAUCUCUCCUGGAACUUCUUCAUCCGCCACUACGCCGACGACGCCCAACAAGCCCGCGACCCCAAAACCGUCUACACCACGCCCACCGGCGCGCAAUACGUCGGCCUCCAUCCACCCCCAGGAUCCAUCAUGAAAGGCAUCCUCUACACCCGCGCCGGCACCCUAGGAGGCUGCACUGCCCACAACGCCCUCGUCGCCAUCUACCCCCAUCGCUCCGACUGGACCUACAUCGCCAACCUCACCAACGACUCCUCAUGGCUCCCCGACCCCAUGCGUGAAUACUACAUCCGCCUCGAAAACAACCACUACCUACCCCCGGACAUCCCAGGCCACGGCUACACCGGCUGGCUCUCCACCGAACACGCCCCCAUCAACCUCGUCUUCCAGGACCCCCAACUCCUCUCCCUCCUCCUCGGCGCCGUCUUCACUCAACCCAGAACCAUCCUCUCCAACCUCAUCUCCCUACUCCUCGGCGACGUCAACUCCCCCUCCCCUUCCCGUGACUCCAAACCCGCAUACUACCAAACCCCCAUCGUCACAUCCUCCAACGUCCGCAACAGCGCCGCCGACUUCCUCCGCGCCGUCCACUCCGCUACCAACUCAGACGGCAGUCAAAAAUACCCCCUAACCAUCCGCACGAACUGCCACGUCACCCGCGUCCUCUUCGACACCACCUCCCAGCCCCCAAAAGCAACAGGCGUCUCCUUCCUCGACGGCCCCUACCUCUACCGCGCCAGCCCUCUCUCCUCCCCCAACACCCCCAGAACCGCCGGCACCGCCACCGCAACCCGCGAAAUCAUCCUCUCCGCAGGCGUCUUCAACACGCCCCAGAUCCUCCAACUAAGCGGCAUCGGACCCGCAGACCUCCUCAAGCAACACAACAUCCCAGUCCUGGUCAACCUCCCGGGCGUCGGCGCAAACCUCCAAGACCACUACGAGACCUCCGUCGUAGUCGAAGCCCCAUUCCCCUUCCGCAUCCUAAACGGUUGCACGUUCAACUACACGUCCGACCCGUGCUUGAUCCGCUGGCUGAACCCGAAAGGAAUACACAAAGACAGAGGAAUUUACUCCUCUGCGGGGUUUACAAGUGCAUUACUCCACCAUACCCCCCUUCCCAACACUUCCACCACCCCUAGUCCUGCUAACAAAGAUGACUACAACACAAUAAUCUACGGCGGCCUCGUCAACUUCCGCGGCUACUUCCCCGGCUACGAAGUCAACCUAACCCUAACGCACCACUCCUUCACAUGGGCCAUCAUCCAAGCACAUCCAUCCAACAGAGCCGGAACGGUGAAUAUCACUUCGUCAGAUCCGCUCGAUCCUCCACAUAUCCUCUUCGACUCCUUUUCAGACCCUGGUUCGGAGAAGGAUCUAUUCGCCUUAGUGGAUGCGAUUAGGGUUGCGAGAAAGGCAUUGAAGAGACAACUUAUACCUACGUGGGAGACGUUCCCGGGGAAGGAGGUACAGGGGUAUGAAGAGCUGAGGCAGUAUGUGUUGGAUACGUCGUGGGGGCAUCAUGCUGUCGGGACUUGUAGGAUUGGAAGGGGUGAAGGGGGUGAUGAUGAGGGGGCGGUGGUGGAUGGGAGGUUUAGGGUUAGGGGCGUAAGGGGACUGAGGGUCGUGGAUGCGAGUGUGUUUCCUAGGGCACAGGGGACGUUUCCGGUUUUGGGGGUUUAUAUGUUGGCGGAGAAGGCGGUGGGGGAUAUUUUGGGGGAUGAUGGGGGGUGA